CGGAUCGCUCCGAGUUGUCAAAGCUAAUCCCCCUAAAAUUGCCAGGUGAAAAUCCCUAGGUGCUGUCCAGGUCCAGAGCAAAACCGUAGGAAGGAAAGUUGUCUUAAUGGCUUCUUGCUGAAAAAGGUGCUGUGUGAUAGGAUAAUUAGUGUUUCUGCAACUUUGUUUGUUGCCAGUGAUAGUGUGAGAAACAAGUCAAGUGUUUAUGGAAUAAUUCGGCCACUGUGUGGUGUUUCAACACGCCUUUUGGUCAGGGGUCUUGUGCAGGCCAGUAGAAAUGAAUCAAGUCUGAAAGCAAGAAGUCUGGAUGCAACAAGACUAAGUUGAGCCUGAAAAUCAGUGAAAGCUGCAAGAUUUUCGCUACAGGAUCUCUCAGAUGUCGGAUGAGCAUUCAGUGAUCAACGCUACCUAGGAACAUGGCGCGUAAAGGGGAGACGAUCCGCAGCAUCAACGUGUCCAUCGUUGGACUGUCUGGAGUGGAGAAAGACAAAGGCCAUGCCGGUAUCGGCAAAUCCUGCCUUUGCAAUCGCUUCAUACGUCCGUAUGCGGAAGACUACUACAUCGACCACAUAUCCGUACUAAGCCAAACGGAUUUCAGCGGGAGAGUGGUGAAUAAUGACCACUUCUUGUACUGGGGCGAUGCCAUCAAGUCUCUAGAUGAUGGCACCGACUAUCAGUUUAGUUUGAUUGAGCAAACAGAAUUCAUUGACGAUGCAUCUUUUCAACCCUUUAAAGGAGGUAAAAUGGAACCGUACGUCAAGCGGUGCACGGCUACCAAAAUUUCGUCGGCCGAAAAACUGAUGUAUAUUUGCAAGAAUCAGUUGGGUAUAGAGAAAGAAUAUGAGCAAAAGGUGUUGCCCGAUGGGCGGAUGAAUAUCGAUGGGUUUAUUUGUAUAUUUGAUGUAAGCGUGGUGCCGAGCAGGAGUAUUGAAAAACAAAUCGAGUUUUGUGCGGCUAUUUUAAAUAAUAUCCUAAAAACCAAAAAACCUGUUGUAAUGAUUACGACAAAAAACGACGAAUCACAUGAUGUUUAUGUGCGGGAGGCGCACAAGCUGGUUCAGAGGAGUGAGUACAAAGGCAACAUUCCUCUAGUGGAAAGUUCUGCUCAUGAAAACGUUAAUAUCGACUUGGGAUUUUUGCUGCUGGCGCAGAUAAUCGAGAAAACGAAAGUUCGUCUAAAAAUCCCUUCAUACGGUGAAGCGGCUUUGGCACGGAAGGAGAUGAUGGAUGUGGCCAGUGAGACUUUUAUGCGACUUAUUCGCGUCCAUGUAACCGAUUGCCACGGGCUGUGGUCUCAAACCCAAAAAAAACUAAACAAUCACAAAGAAUGGAUACAUUUUGUGCAGUUAUUCGGCCUGGAUGGCACGCAGCGACUAUUCAAGCGCCACAUAAAGAAACUAAAGGACGAAAACAUGGCCAAACAGGUCGCCAAGUACAUGGAAAUGUUGCCCGAUGUUCUACACGAUCUUAUUCCAGGCUAUAACACGCUUCAAGACACCGACUGGCAGAGCAUUCAACAGUACAUUAAGAACCAUCCGAACUUUUCGCAGUACUUCUUUGAGCGACCCGAGGACAUUCCUUGGACAGAAUGUGUGGGAUCCGAUAGUGACGAAACCAGAAUACCAUUCGAUGUUUUAGAUACAAGCGAUGCCGAAACAAUAUUCAGAAAUCACAUCAACGUAUUGCAGCAAGAGCAAAAGCGGCUGGAGUAUAAGAAGCAAUUCAAACAACUGCUAGAAGACACUGGCUAUGUAACGCCUGGAAAGCAUUUGAGUGAAGUUAGAGUGCUCUUCAUGGGACGGGAGUGUUUUGAGGCUUUAACUGAGCACGACUGUCAGCAGAUCUACGACGCUCAUCAACGGGAGCUGAUUGAAACUGCCAAACACAAUUUCCAGGAGUUGUUGCUGGAGCAUGCCGACCUGUUUUAUCACUUUAAAAGCAUUGCGCCCACAGGCACGAUCACUCAGGAUGAUAUUAAGGAAAUCACCGAUACCCUGCAGGAGGACUUUAGAUAUAAAAUUUUAGAUAGGCUAGACCAAGAUAGAAAACUUACUCUAUUCCAGCAUUUGGGAUUUAUACAUUAUCCGAUCAGGGAGCAUUGCCCGGCGUUCCCCAACUGCAUGGAUUCGUUGAUUGAACGAAUUUUAGCUACGAAGGCGCAUCGACCGUCGUCCUGGAACCAUAGCAAUCAGUGGCUAAUGAGCUCUGAAAACAAUCAAUUAAACUUGCUGAUUUUGGGAUUAGACAAUUUAGCCGAUAAUCUAGCUGCCAAGAUCCGGGCCCAGUGUGACGACGAUGAAUAUGAAAUCGAUUGUCAGUUUUAUAGCCUGGACUAUAGAAUUAUCAAUGGUGAUGUCAGCCUGCCGCACAAUUCUUUUAAAACCUCGGAAUUUGUGCCUCAUGGCAGUUUCUGCGUCUACUCGAACGCCGAGUCUUUUGAGUAUAUCAGGGAAAGUUUAGAGAAGAAGCUCUUAUCAAAUCUGGAGCAGGAUGACAAGCUGCCCUUCCAGGGAUUGCCGAUUGUUCUCAUGUACCUUCAAGACUCGACUACAGAAGAUAAGGAAGUUUUGAAACUCAAGGAAGAUGGUCAAAACUUGGCUGACUCGCUCCAGUGUCCUUUCAUGGAUGUCUCCUUGGAUCAGAUCGGUGAAGAGCAACUGGUCUCUGAUGCUCUGCAGCAGUUGGUCCAAAGCAUUCAUCACAGAGCAGGAUUUCUGAACAUAAAUCAGUCCGUUAUAGAAUGCGUCGAGCCAGAUAUUCGGGUGAUUAUGUGUAUGUUCUGUGGCGAUCCGUAUAGCGUGGAAAAUGUUCUAUCGCCGCUCCUAAACCACCAAUUCUGCUUCCUAUCUUCGCCUCAUAGCGUGAUUUUGGAAACGUUCCUGGGCGACUCCAAAAGGAAGGUGGAAGUGAUCGUUUCUUCAUUCCAUGGUGCAAAUGCAUUCCGGGACGAACUUGUCCACGGGUUUAUCCUCGUCUAUUCCACUAAGAGGAAAGCUUCUUUAGCUACUCUAAAUGCGUUUUCCAUGAACAUUCCUAAUUUGCCGAUUCAAAUUCUGGCAGUGACUGAUUCGGGAAGCGCCACAGCUUUCUUCAAUGACGAUAUGAGCCAAAUGUUGAUCACUGAGGGGAAUUCUACUGCUGAUAGGCUGGGAGCGCAUUUCAUGACUUCUUCGGCUGCUAUGCAGCCGAAAACUGCGUUCUUUACUCCGUUUUUCAAGGAAGUGUGGGAGAAAAAGCCGGAGAUUGAGCAAGCUUUCCAUAUGGAGGAACCGUCUGGUUUGGAUAGUGGAGAAGGUACGCUUGAGAGAUCGCGAUCGACUGGCAGGCACGGGCCAAUGCCACCUCCAAGGAACGAGAGUUACUAUUUGAAGCUGGGCAAUGAGGGGAGUGAGAGUGAAAACUUCGAUCUAAGUGGCCCUGAUGAUAAGCUGAGCUCCAGCGAUCAUAGUGAUAGAUUUUCUAGCAUUUACAUGUACGGGAGCGAAGGCUCGAUGGGCAAGAAGCGCCACAACCACUCGGGCUUACAAGUGUAUCCUCCUCCAGCCACUCCUCCGGAACCGGCGCCUCCCGACAAUAUUGGCUCCAGAUAUUCAAAGAAGUCCCUAAUGUCGUCUCAGACUAGUCUAGACGAGGUCCACUAUGGGGAUCCGCCAAUGUCUUUGCCGGGCAGUGCGUGGAAUAACUAUCAGCAGCAUGCUUUUACAACUGGACGAAGACACAUGCCCGUGUCAAAGUCGCGUUCUAAAGGGAUUUCACAGACUCUUAAGCAACCUGGAAAGUUGAACAUGAAGAAUUACUCGGCAGUGACUGAAGCCAUUGCCCGCAUGAAUAUGAACGAUUCUAGUUUUGGUAAUGCUCCCCUGGCAACGCCUGAGCCUGUGGAUUUAGGCUGCGAAUACGCGCAGGUUAAGGACAUGGUGCACAACAUGUAUCCGCCAGAAUCUGAGUAUAUGUAUACGAUGGUCCAAGACGCGAUAAGUGGAAAAACCAAACUGAGACAGCGCAGGGAGAAGGGCCAGCCUAGCUACUCGGACUCCGAUAGUGAAUGGUCUAGUUUAGAGAGACGACAGAGGGCUAGCGAGGUUUACUCUAAAGUGACCAGAAAAGGAGGCACCCACAAGCGCCAGAGGAAGAAGCGAACCGCCAUUCCUGUGCAGCCACCCAGAGUGCCCCAAUUGGGCCCGUUUACUAUGCCGUCUAUGCAUUCUCCUUCAGUGGAAGGAGAAGAGAAAGCCAAUGUCGCCACAGAAUCGAACUCUGAAUCUUCUGAAGUAAGUGAAACUGAACAAUUCCCUCCUGCAAAUAUGGCCGAUAUUCGAAUGAAGUUUGCCCAGAAGCGAAGCCAAAGCCUGAAGAAGCGCAUCCCCGAUUUGCCAAACAGCCACAAUUUUAACAUGCUGAAUUCGCUGGAUUUGUACACUGGCCAAGCGAAUUCCUAUGGGAUGAUGCACGAUGAAGAGUCCAGUUUGGAUGUUUCCUCUCCUAGAGACAACAAUUCCCCGAUGUUUGGGGUGUUUCCCAGAAUGAAGGAGACUGAUCUGGAGAAAUUGCUACGGAAGCGGGAGAAGCAAAAGGCUAAAGAUGAUUCGAAGCUGGAGAAGCGUCGGCUGAAGGAGGAAAAGCUACGCAAAGUGGCCGAGGAAAAGGACCGCAAGCGGCAACUAAAGACCAAUAAGAAGGCCGCCGUGUUGCCCAGCGGGGUACCUUCCAAACUCACCGACUAUAUCCAGUCUGAUAAGAACUACAUUCCAAUUUUUAUGGAAAAGUGUGUUAAAUUUAUAGAAGCAGAAGGCUUGGACUCUGAGGGUAUUUAUCGGGUGCCAGGCAAUCGGGCGCACGUUGACUUGUUGUUCCUGAAAUUUGAAGAAGACGUUAACGUGGAUAUCCACGAAUUAGACAUUCCGGUAAAUGCCGUCGCGACGGCAUUGAAAGAUUUUGUUUCGAAACGAUUACCGCCAUUAUUCGACGAAAACGUUCUGGCAGAAAUGGAAGAAAUCGCCGGAACCAGAAUGAAACCCAUGGUGACCACGACGGGAAACAUGGAAGUGAAAGCUGAUAGAAGCUGCCGACUUUUGGCCCUUCGACAAAUGCUAGACAAGCUACCUCCGAUCAAUUUUGCAAUUCUGAAGUUCGUGUUUCAGCACUUUGUUAAAAUCACCGAGAAUUCCAAGCUGAACAGCAUGGACUCGAAGAACUUGGCAAUUUGCUGGUGGCCCACAUUGUUGCCCAUCGAGUUCAGCGACAUGGGCCGCUUCGAGCAGAUGCGACCCUAUCUAGAAGAUAUUGUUCAAACCAUGAUCGAUCAGUAUCCAUUCCUGUUCUGUGGCAAAGAGGCCUUUGUCAUGGUUUAGAAAAAACAAGUAAAUCUGAAAGACAAAACACACCCAGUAUUUUUAAGUGCUUCAAUGCCAAUAGGAGUAGAUUUUUAUAACAAGAAGAAGGAAUAUUUUUAUGUCAACGCUGUGAUGGAGUGAAAAUGACUGUUGACGUGUUUUAACUUGGACUGAAACAAUUAUAUCAACGCACAACUUGCUUCGCCAAGGCUCUGUAACGGUCGUUCAGAUCUCUUUGUUAACCAUUUAUAGAUGAUGCCUUGGAGUUGGUCACAACUAUACAAAAUCUGCCCUACAAGCGCACAACCAAGUAAGUCGGGAUUGUUCAGUGUUUGAAAACCAAUUUUGUUUUGUAUGUCUAAGUAUAUCUAUAUAUUCUUCAAUCUAUAUAUUCAUACUAUACCUAUAGUUGAUAUUAUGCAGGAAAAUAGUUAAUAAUUUAAAAAGUUUCCUAAUUGUUUCAAUAAAUCAGUUGCAUGAACAUACUCUUUUAAAAGGGGAUUAAAGGAGUAUGUAUUAUGGAAUUCAGUAAAGUUGUAGAUGUAAAGAGUCAGAUGGCACCAAAAAAAGAAAUUAUUUUGGGGGAAGAUCUGAAAGUUUAAUAAGUAACUCGUUAAUAACUGUGUCAUUUCCUGGUUAAUUCCGCGACAUGCACUUUUACUUUAGGGCAAUCCGAAUUUUUCUCAAAGAGCACGAUCUGCAUCGUUUUAUAAACUGACGAAUUUCAAUGUCGAGCAACCAUGUUUACCUUCUUGUUUCUCAAGUCUUUCAAUUUAGUAAUUUUGUCAUUUCUGUCCUGGGUAAUUCCUCCUCCACAUGCACUUUUUCUUCUGGAAAUCGAGAUUUGCUUGCUUUUGCCGAAUGGGAGGAUCUGCAUCAUUUUAUAAAUUGACGAAUUUCUUUGUUGAGCAACCAUGUUUUGCUUCUUGUUUCUGAAGUCCCUCAUUUUAAUAAUAUUGUCAUCCCUUUCCUGGUUAAUUCCUCCUUCACAUGCACGUUUAACUUCUGGUAAGCUUGCUUUUGGUAAUUCUUAAUUAACGAAUUUCUUGUUUCAUUGCUUCUGAAUACGGUUUACAUGGUCUUAACACUGUUUUACAUCUUUGGUCUGAUUUGACUCUGCUUUCCAAUGGCAGUGUUUGUUAUUAUUUCUCGUUAAUUGCCAUCAACUUAAAAGCACCUCGACUUAGUUGAUUUUAUACUUGCAAGGCAGAUCUUAGGUAGAACGCAAGUUCAGUAUCUUGUGAGGCAGUUAUCUUAUAUCUGUAUUGUUCAACUGUUGGCGUAGAUAAUGGGAUUGCAAUUCUUUUUUGUUGUCCGCAUCAUGCCAGUUUACAUGUUGAAGACAGCAGCAUUAGUAGACUUUUGCUGAUUGUAAAGUAAACUGAACUAGCUGGAUUGAAGGAUGUUUUUAGAUUAAGUGAAUGUUGUAUGUUUUUCAAUAUCAACGAGCAAGGCGGUAUAUGCCUGUGUCCAUUUCACAUGUAUCAAUAUCCUACUUUGUGUAAAUUUAUAGUAAAUUAAAUGUGUGGUUCCAUAUUACAAAAAGUACUCAAAGCUUUAACGUUUUUAAAAACCUAGAUGUAAACUGUAAGAUGGGAUGUUUGUUUAUUUUCUUUUUCCAGUAGGUCGAUGUUGGACUUUUUUAGCUUUUACAUCGACAUUGGUGUUCAUUAUGAUUUUUUAGUUCAGUUGAAAUUUGUGCCAUAUGAAGCGAACCCAGGUAAUCAAGUGUAAAAUAGUUGUAUCUGGAUAUCAGGCAAGUAGCUUGUUUUAGACGAUCGCAAUCAUAAUGACACCAACACUCGAUUCCAUAUUUUGAAAACAUAAUAUAUGAGACAAUAAAUGUGAUAUAAUCAUUUUCGUGUAAUACUCAGUUGCCAUUCGAAUGCAUUUUGUUACUGUUAAGUAUCUAUUGCACGUCCACAACUUAAAUCACGUUUAAUCGUAACUAGAUUGUUAUUAACUAAAUGGCCGAAAAGGGGUGCACGUUUCAUUCUCCAAAAUCUGUUUUCAUUUGCAAUUAAAUGACACGACAAUGUUCUCUUUCAUUAACAUCUUUCGAUUUACGUUCUUAACAUCACUUGAUUUGCCAAAACCGGACCAAGCAACUGCCAGUGUAGACACUUAAAUAUUGCAAUAUUUCUUGUGUUUUUAGAAAUUAAAAACUACCAAAACCCACUAUUGCAAUUUUGUGAAACCAAGCACUUGAGCUCUCUAAGCAAAGAUCUGUAUUAAAUUGUCGUUAUUUUUUUUAAACGGCAACUUUUCGGAUAUAAAAUGUUUGAUGUUAAGUAAAAGUGUUUUGUGUGGUAUAAUUGGAGCCACUUUGCUCUGCCUGAGCUUGUAGUUUUAUAGUUUCGGUUUCCUUUAUUCUUAUUAUCGAAGAUUUUACCGACAUUAAUUAUGAAGUUACUCCUUUCUCAAAGUCCAUGUUUUUGCGAAAACAGCCACAAUGUGUGAACACUUUUCCUCUUCCAAUGCAACAUGCGAUUCGGAAUUGAUUUGAUAUUAAAUGGUAGUUCUAAAUGGCAAUAUUAAUUUUUAUUUAAUUAUCUUGCUUUAAGCUGCAUGUGCUGUCGAUGUGUGUUUAAGGUAUAGGUGUUGGUUCUGCAUUUGAUAGCGCAAAUCUAACUAAAUUUUCACAUUUAGGCUAUUCGCGCUAUGUUAAAAGUAGAGCAAGCAAUACUAGGGAUUUACCUGCCUGAUAUGUUGUAAUUGUUCACAAAAUCACGUUUUGACUGGUUGUGAUGAUAGUAUUCCAUUACGGCCUUUGUAAAAUGUUUUUUUAAUUUAGUUUUAUCGAAAAAAAAAUGUUAAUUACCAAGUGUGAUAAAAUUGAUCUGUGAAUCCAAAUGAUGAAAAAUAUGUAUGUAUAUUGAAUCUAUUUGAUUCAACUAACGAUUGUCUGAGCCAUCCAGUGAGAAAAUUAUUGCGUUUGGAGAUGCUAGUACCUUUUAGAAAAUUAAAGAAUUUUAAUGUUUUGAAGGUCUUUUUUAAAUGCUAUCAUUCAUGACUGCUUUGAAUCACAUACUUAGGGAAUUGGACUUUUAUUUAGGAAAUUUUGUACCUCUGUUUUUGUUUUAUUCGCACUAUUUUUAAGAUUUAUGUUCUAGCUAAUGAAUCGCACAGAUUAAAGUCCAAUUCGAACAACUUUGUGUAAUAAAAUUUCCUGUAAUUUAUGUGCAAUUUAACUCUACGUCAUUACUGUAAUGUUAAAGCUAAUUAUUAAGAGAAUAAAACAAUAAAUAACGUUUAUUUACUCUGAA